AUCUGCCAACCUUACACGAAAAAACAAUGGAGACCUACUGUCAUGUUAUAUAGACAAUCCUGAGUUUCCAGAGAUCAAAGUAAUGAAAACCUUUAAAAUCAACAUUACUUACAAACCGUUCAUUAGUUUUUCUCCCAGUUCCUCAGUUACGACCUACGUGGGUGACAGUAUAAGCGUUUUAUGUCAAUGUGACGCAAACCCAGCAGCUAAGAUCGAAUGGUCAAACACUACCCCGAAUAACAUAGGUAAAAGAACUGAUGUCAGCCUAGAACUUAACAUGCAAUUUCAAUCCACUGGUCGCCAUAACUUCACGUGCAUUGCGAGAAACACGAUUGGUUCGGCGGAAAAUGUGGUGUUCAUCUUGGUCAAAGAAAAAACUUCCAAACAAACAAAGCCGAUACCAUCCACUGGUAAAGUCAUCUCUUCAUCGAUGCUGAUCGGAAUCAUUUGCGGUUGUAUGGCGGUUGUAAUUAUCGUUAUAAUAGCAUUCGUUUGUGUGAUUGUAUUGAAGACACGAACACCGAUGAGGAAACGUUCUAAUAGUGUACAUAUUCAGGAGCGACAACCGAGCUUUCAUCCGCUAGAUCCUGAUCACGACGAUCCCGCUGGUUCCAAUCACGGUGAUGCUGCUUCUGAAGCUAAUGCUGAACCGGUUGAGUACUCCUGUGUUGUUAAAAGGGCAAUGAGACAGGCUCCAAAACCUCAGACCGAGGAUGGAGCACUCAUCUACGCUGAUCUUGAUCUACCCAAAGAGGGUUCCACACGAAGAAAGCCAACAGUAAAAUCAGAGGACGAAACUACAUACGUUUCAAUUGAUUUUGCCCAGACAAAAAAUAUGAAUAGAUCUGUGUUAAACAAUUAGUGAAAAGAUGACCAAAUACCUAUUUGUGACUUAAUGAAAUAUUGUUAGAUUAGUAUAUUACAAGUGGAGUAGUUUUGAUAUUUGGAUAACUCUAUAUGUAUUUUUGCAACGUAGUUCUGCCCCUUUUAAAGGUUGAGACCGACGGCAAAUAAACUCAAGUCCGAACAUUAGUCAUACAUAAGAACUGACACUGUAACGUUAUAAUUAAUUGUAUUUAUUUUGCUUAUUACUUAAGGUAUUGAAAAAGGACCGUGACUGAUGUUGGAAAAAGUCGUCGCCCGAUUCCCUUGCAUGGCCAUACUGCUGAACUUAAACGAUGUGACUUUUCUUACGUCUUAUUUAUUAUGUUGCGUUAAUCCUUAUGCAAUACCUUAUUUGCCUUUAUCUCAAAAUGUAUCCCUUCUCUUAAUUUUCUAAACGAAACAACGACACCUUUCAAAACGGCAGUAAUUUCGAUAGAAUUCGAUCAAAGUGUCACACCGUACAAUUUAUUGUUCAGUUAAAGUUAUGUUGCUAAAAGCACCACUGAAUAUAAGUAACGCCAUAUUCGUUAAACGUUUUUAUUCGUUCAAAUAUACUGCCGUACUGAUGUUAAAACUAUUAUGUCGAACUUUGUCAUGUAUGACACGAAUAAAUAAUUUUAAUUUAUCGACGUACAAUAUCGUAGAAAUUAUCGCCAUUCAUGUACUGUAUGUAUUAAAGGCAAAUUUAUAGUUGUGCACAGUCUUUAUCUGAUUAUUAGCCAGUAUGCACGUUUAAGAACAAUUUCUUUCGUCUUGGUUAUCUUGUCAAUACGUGGAAAUUUAAUUGACUGAAGUUAUAUGAGAAAAGAUGAAAAUUUAAACACCUUGUAAAAUUAACAUUAUUAGCCCUUUCGGUUUUCCCGAAAUAUCUUUGAUCAUUACGUCUUGAUUUACAUUUAAGUUUUGAGCCUAAGAUAUAUAGCAUAUUAUAAAGGCUGCAUCCUCAUUGGCCUUGUACCUAGCUUAACUCCUGUUUGUUUGACAUUAUGUUAAACCUAGUUUGUAUGCUAUGUUGCCGAGACCUUUAACAUGUAUAAUGUUUUAAUAAAUUAUUUAAAGUAAAAUGUUGACUCUGAUAUUUGAUGUUUUCGUGACCGCUUAACACAAUGUACAAUCAGAAACAAAGAUAUUUUUAAUUCAAUGAAAAAAGUUAUAUUCGACAUUGUGUGACUUCUUAAUAAGAUAUUUAUUUAGAGAUUUGAAAUAUGUUGUCGAUUCAUUUUUAAGGAAUCUUCGGGAUUAUAUUACUGGUGUUUUGUACAAUUUAAAAUACCCAAUCAAAAUAGGAUAGCUCGUUUAUUUCAACUCGAGUUUGUAUUUAACUGAACUUCAGUGUUUCCACAUCAAACAAGAUCCCGUUCAAAAGAACAAAUAUAAUCAGGAUAAUUUGUAAAUAUAAACAAAUAUAAUUAAGAUAACUUGUUAAUAUAAACAAAUAUAAUUAUGAUAACUUGUAAAUAUAAACCAAUAUAAUUAGGAUAACUUUUAAAUAAUAAACACUAUAUUGUCUUGUAAAAUAGAUAUCAGCUAACAGAUUAAUAUUAAAAUUAUACAACUAUUAAAAACAAAUGACCAAAAAUCAUUUUUAUCGAUCUUCUGACUUUUCAGAACAUAGAACUUUCCGAUGAUACAAAAUAUAUAGUAGGAUUUGUUUUAAAUUCCUGAAAACAAUGUCAGCUGUUGAAAUCAUUUUAAAUACUGUGGUUUUUACUGAAUAAUAAGAAAGCCAAUUUACGAUUGUUUACCCAAUUUGAAGCAAAUGUGCAUCUUGUUAUC